CGCGCGCGAGGACUAUAGCCCACCGGCCGGCACCGAAGGAGUUACACGAUCCUGCGAUCUAUUGGAAUACAAUCUCAUUUCCCAUUGGAGCUUCUGCGGAGUGGAUCUGCCUGUUACAGGCAGUAUUUGGUGUUGAAGGGGGGAGGAUCCGCGUUGUGUUUGGAGAGGACACCGUCACAACAGAAAUAAUGACAGAAUUUGGCAUCAGAAACAUGGACCAAGUUGCACCGGUUUAUAACAUGCACAGAGGAAUGCUUAAGCGCCAGUUGGCUUUUGACAAUGUAAACCUUUCUGCCUCGGUCUACACUGGGUUAUUUUCCGCGUAUGAAGAUGAACAGGCUGUACCCACAGGGCUGGACUCUCUACCCCAUGAUUCCAACAGCUGUGAGUUUCCGCUUCUAACGCCGUGCAGCAAAGCCGUGAUGAGCCAGGCGUUGAAAGCCACUUUUAACGGAUUCAAGAAGGAGCAGCGGAGACUAGGAAUUCCCACCAAUCCAUGGCUUUGGAAUCAAAACCAAGUGUGUCAGUGGCUGAUGUGGGCCGUUAAGGAGUUCUCUUUGGAGAACGUCAAUUUUCAGAAGUUUGUCAUGACUGGCGGGAACUUGUGCAAUCUUGGAAAAGAACAGUUUCUAGAAUUGGCUCCAGAUUUCGUGGGUGAUAUUCUAUGGGAACAUCUGGAUCAGAUGAUGAAAGAGCAUCAAGAAAAGGUACACGACCAUUAUUCUGACAACUCCCAAAACAGUUCUUUUUCUCAAUGGAUAAACACCACAGACUCUCUAUAUUUCAAUUUAGAUCCUUUGCAAUAUGGAUCACAGGUGAACAGCUACCCCAAAGCAACGAUGUACAAUGAAAUGUGCCAGGCGUCUACUGGACCAAAUAUUCCCAAUGCCAAGCAGGAGUUCCAGCCAUACCCUUGCUUAAAGUCCAUGGGAGCAAACUAUGCCUCUGUUAACCAUGACUUCCGAAACAACGGCCUCAAUGUUCUCUUGAACUCAUUAAAUUCUGGAAAAUCCAUUGACCACGAUUCAACAGACAGCGGUGCGGAGAGCUUUGAAAGCACCGAUUCCUUGCUGCAGUCUUGGACCAGCCAGUCGUCGCUGGUAGACAUGCAACGCGUGCCUUCUUACGACAGCUUUGAAGAAGACGGCAGCCAGGCGUUCUGUGUUAAUAAGCCGACCAUGUCCUUCAAAGAUUACAUUCAAGACAGAAACGAGCCAAUGGAACAGGGGAAACCAGUUAUACCGGCAGCUGUUCUCGCUGGCUUUACAGGCAGCGGACCUAUUCAGCUAUGGCAGUUUUUACUGGAAUUAUUAACGGAUAAGUCCUGUCAACCAUUUAUCAGCUGGACGGGCGAUGGAUGGGAGUUUAAACUUACUGACCCUGAUGAGGUUGCCCGUCGUUGGGGUAAAAGGAAAAAUAAACCCAAAAUGAACUACGAGAAGCUGAGCCGUGGACUGAGAUAUUACUACGAUAAGAACAUUAUCCACAAAACCUCCGGCAAGAGAUACGUGUACCGGUUCGUGUGUGACCUUCACAAUCUUCUGGGCUACACAGCAGAGGAUCUACAUGCCAUGCUUGGUGUGCAACCAGACAACGAUGAAUGAGACUCGUUAUGAGCCAAACAUUUUAUGUGAAAGAAAUGCACAACUGUACUGUGAAAAUGGCCACGUUUGGCCAGUGUUGAUGGGCCAUUCGUGACCUCCAACCUCUUUUGAGGCGUCCGAAGUCGCGUGAACAGGACGCACAUCUUAUUUUCCAGAGGAACUUUCUUCUCUUGUCCUGCCGCCCGGUGUUGGGGCUCGAUGGAAGUCUUUAGUUGGAACACAGUCCUAACUUCAAGAUAAUUGCACAUAUUAGAAGGACUGCAUGGUUAUUAAACAAAAAAAAGGGAACAAUUGUGUCUUUGCUUAACCAAAGAAAAGUUAGUUAAGGUGGAAGCAAAAUAAGAUAAGCAAUUCUGUUUUCUUAGAA